AGUCUUCAUUGACCACUGCUUCUACUGGUGUUGGAGUGAAUUGAGCUCUGGCAGUCAUGCGGAUCCUGAAUGCACUCUUAGUGACGGCGGCGCUGGUGGGGGCUUCUCCAGCUGGUCCUCAUGGAAGUGGCACCUGGGGAGCCAGCUACGGUGCAGGACCCGGAGACCACGUCGGUGCCUCUGGUAUUAUCCGUGCUCAGCUUGUUGGCAGGCAUACCAGCACGACUGGUGGCAGUGUUGGCAGCGUUGAUGACAGCUACAGAAGAGAGCGUCAAGGUCCAACUAUCAUCCGUGCUCAGCUUGUUGGCAGGCAUACCAGCACGACUGGUGGCAGUGCUGGCAGCGUUAAUGACAGCUACAGAAGAGAGCGCCAAGGUCCAACUAUCAUCCGUGCUGAGCUUGUUGGCAGCCACACCAGCACAUCAGGCGGCGGUGGUGGUCAUGGCGGCGGCGGUGGUGAUUACAGAGCAGCACGUCAAGGACCAAGCAUAGUCCGUGCUGAGCUUGUUGGCAGCCACACCAGCACAUCAGGGGGCGGUGGAGAUCAUGGUGGCGGUGGUGAUUACAGAGCAGCACGUCAAGGACCAAGCAUAGUCCGUGCUGAGCUUGUUGGCAGCCACACCAGCACAUCAGGUGGCGGUGGAGGUCAUGGUGGCGGUGGUGAUUACAGAGCAGCACGUCAAGGACCAAGCAUAGUCCGUGCUGAGCUUGUUGGUAGCCACACCAGCACAUCAGGUGGCGGUGGUGGUCAUGGCGGCGGCGGUGGAGAUUACAGAGCAGCACGUCAAGGACCAAGUAUAGUCCGUGCUGAGCUCGUUGGCAGCCACACCAGCACAUCAGGGGGCGGUGGUGGUCAUGGCGGCGGCGGUGGUGAUUACAGAGCAGCACGUCAAGGACCAAGCAUAGUCCGUGCUGAUCUUGUUGGCAGCCACACCAGCACAUCAGGUGGCGGUGGAGGUCAUGGUGGCGGUGGUGAUUACAGAGCAGCACGUCAAGGACCAAGCAUAGUCCGUGCUGAGCUUGUUGGCAGCCACACCAGCACAUCAGGGGGCGGUGGAGGUCAUGGCGGCGGCGGUGGUGAUUACAGAGCAGCACGUCAGGGACCAAGCAUAGUCCGUGCUGAGCUUGUUGGUAGCCACACCAGCACAUCAGGUGGCGGUGGAGGUCAUGGCGGCGGCGGUGGUGAUUACAGAGCAGCACGUCAAGGACCAAGCAUAGUCCGUGCUGAGCUUGUUGGCAGCCACACCAGCACAUCAGGGGGCGGUGGUGGUCAUGGCGGCGGCGGUGGUGAUUACAGAGCAGCACGUCAGGGACCAAGCAUAGUCCGUGCUGAGCUUGUUGGCAGCCACACCAGUUCCAGUGGCAGUAUUGGUGGUGGCAGUAUUGGUGGUGGCAGCAUUGGUGGUGGAAGUUAUGGUGCUAAGAGCGGAUGGUAAAAUACAAAUUUGUGUGCAAUGAUUUCAGGACACUUGCAACAUUUUUUUGUUAAUCUUGUGCUAGGUUUCCAGCAAUGGCACAACUGAUAUUUUUAGAGUCUAGUAGGCCAAAUGAUUUGGAUAAGUAAAACCAUUUGUCAUUUCUAGAUUCUAGCUGUAAGUCAAUAUGUGAGUUAUUGUAUUUUUUAUGGAAUUAGUUCUAUCAAGAAGAUUAAUAAAAAAUAUUUUGUAAA